GAGCUUGCCUGCCUGUCUACCUAUCAGCCUGGACCCCAGAGCCCACCCAGCUGAGCACGUGCAGAGGGCCUUGGGUGUGGGGCGACUCUCAGGCCACCAAGGAGACUACCCAGGAAUCACUGGUGAGGACACAGUGUUCCUGCUAAGCCAGACCGGACCCCACAGCCUGUGCAGGCGCCGACCACACCCUGAAGCCUGGGCUCCAGCUGAAGUUGGUCCCCACCACUGCCAGCUGACAGCCAGCGACUGGCAGAGCCCCUGGAAUAGGGGCCCUCUCUCUCAGGUCUUGGUCCCGGCUUCUCGCACCCUCAUGUCAGCCCCGGCCCAGCCCGGUGGCCCGCGGAGGACAAGGUCAGGAUGCGUGUGAAGCCCCAGGGCCUGGUGGUGACUUCCAGUGCCGUGUGCAGCUCUCCUGACUACCUCCGGGAGCCCAAGUAUUACCCCGGUGGCCCCCCCACCCCCCGGCCCUUACUUCCCACCCGACCCCCUGCCAGUCCCCCAGACAAGGCCUUCGCCCACACCUUCUCCGAGAACCCACGCCCACCCCCACGCCGGGACCCCAGCACCCGGCGCCUGCCGGUCCUUGCCAAGGGAGACGACCCGCUGCCCCCAAGGGCAGCCCGUCCAGUCUCACAGGCCCGGUGCCCCACGCCCGCCGGAGACGGCAGUAGCUCCCGUCGCCGCUGGGACAACGGGCGGGUGAAUCUGCGUCCAGUCGUGCAACUCAUCGACAUCAUGAAGGACCUGACGCGUCUCUCCCAAGACCUGCAACACAGCGGCGUGCACCUGGAUUGCGGGGGCCUCCGGCUCAGCCGCCCCCCAGCCCCACCACCCGGCGACCUCCAGUACAGCUUCUUCUCCUCCCCCAGCCUAGCCAACAGCAUCCGCAGCCCUGAGGAGAGGGCCACCCCCCAUGCCAAGUCCGAGCGGCCCGGCCACCCACUCUAUGAGCCAGAGCCAGAGCCUCGGGCCAGUCCUCAGCCCAGUCAAGGCCACAGUCCUGGAGCCACAGCUGCAGCCACUGGGCUGCCCCCAGAGCCGGAGCCCGACGGCCCCGAUUACUCAGAACUGGCUGACGCAGACAUCCUCAGCGAACUGGCCUCCCUUACCUGUCCUGAGGCUCAGCUGCUGGAGGCCCAGUCCCUGGAGCCACCAUCGCCAGAGCCAGAGCCUCAGCUCCUAGACCCCCAGCCCCGCUUUCUGGACCCACAGGCGCUAGAGCCACUCGGGGAAGCUUUGGAGCUGCCUCCCCUGCAACCCCUUGCUGACCCCUUGGGGCUGCCAGGCCUGGCUCUGCAGGCCCUGGAUACCCUCCCUGACUCCCUGGAGUCACAGCUGCUGGACCCUCAGGCCCUCGACCCCCUGCCCAAGCUGCUUGACGUCUCAGGCCGCUGUCUGGAGCCCCAGCAGCCCCUGGGGCCCUGCCCCCUGGCCGAGCCCUUGCGCCUGGACUUGUGUUCACCCCAUGGCCCACCAGGGCCAGAGGGUCACCCCAAGUACGCCUUGCGGCGCACUGAUAGGCCAAAGAUCCUGUGUCGCCGGCGGAAAGCUGGACGGGGGCGCAAGGCAGAUGCAGGACCCGAGGGCCGUCUGCUGGCCCUGCCUAUGUCGACGGGGUUGGCAACCACCCUGGCUGAGCCACCACCACCACCCCCUCCACCACCUCCUGCCCUGCCAGGUCCCGGCCCAGUCCCAGAGCUAGAGCCGGAAUCUUCCCAGACUCCAAUGGUUCCUUCCCGCAAAAGCAAGUGCCGGGGCGUGCGGCGCAUGGUAGUCAAGAUGGCCAAGAUUCCCGUGUCGCUGGGGCGGCGGAACAAGACCACCUACAAGGUGUCCUCCUUGAGCAGCAGCCUGAGCGUAGAGGGCAAGGAGCUUGGCCUGCGGGUGUCAGCUGAGCCCACCCCGCUGCUGAAGAUGAAGAACAAUGGGCGGAAUGUAGUGGUGGUCUUCCCGCCUGGGGAAAUGCCCAUCAUCCUCAAGCGAAAGCGAGGCCGCCCUCCUAAGAACCUGCUGCUGGGGCCCGGCAAGCCCAAGGAGCCAACUGUCGUGGCAGCCGAGGCAGCCACUGUGGCAGCCACUACCCUGGCUGUGCCUGAGGUGAAGAAACGACGGCGGAGAAAGCAGAAGCUGGCAUCUCCCCAGCCGUCUUACGCUGCAGACGCCAAUGACAGCAAGGCCGAGUACUCUGACGUCCUCGCCAAGCUGGCCUUUCUGAACCGCCAGAGCCAGUGUGCUGGGCGCUGCUCCCCACCCCGCUGCUGGACGCCCAGUGAGCCCGAAUCCGUGCACCAGGCCCCUGACACCCAGAGCAUCUCCCACUUCCUGCACCGUGUGCAAGGCUUCCGGCGGCGUGGUGGCAAAGCGGGUGGUUUUGGUGGCCGGGGUGGUGGCCAUGCCGCCAAGGCUGCCCGAUGCUCCUUCAGUGACUUCUUCGAGGGCAUCGGCAAGAAGAAGAAAGUGGUGGCCGUGGCAGCCACUGGGAUCGGGGGUCCCGGCCUCACUGAGUUGGGACACCCCCGUAAACGGGGCCGGGGGGAGGUGGAUGCCUUGACUGGGAAGCCCAAGCGCAAGAGGCGGUCCCGGAAAAAUGGGGCUCUAUUCCCCGAGCAGGUGACCGGUGGCCCAGGCUUCGGGGAGGCAGGGGUUGAGUGGCCUGGGGACAAGGCUGGUGGCUGGGCCUCUCACCAUGGGCACCCAGGCGGGCAAGCUGGCCGAAACUGUGGGUUCCAAGGGACUGAAACCAGGGCCUUUGCCUCCACUGGACUGGAGAGUGGGGUUCCUGGCCGCAGCAGCUACUACGGCACGAGUGCCCCAUCGGGCCAAGCCGAGCUCAGCCAAGAGCGCCAGAGCCUCUUUACCGGCUACUUCCGCUCUCUGCUCGAUUCGGACGACUCCUCCGACCUCCUGGACUUUGCCCUCUCAGCCUCUCGCCCCGAGUCCCGGAAAACAUCAGGCAACUACACAGGGCCCCCCACUAGUGCCCUGCCCACACAGCGGGGCCUGCCCACUUUCCCGAGCCGCGGAGCCAAAGUCAGCCCCGUGGCUGUGGGCAGUAGUGGGGCAGGGACAGAGCCCUCAUUCCAGCCUGUUCUGCCCACUCGCCAGACUUUCCCACCGGGCCGGGCUGCGAGCUAUGGAAUCACUCCGGCCACGUCAGACUGCCGGGCAGCAGAAACCUUCCCGAAGCUGGUUCCCCCACCUUCAGCUGUGGCCCGCUCACCCACCACCCACCCGCCUGCCAGCACCUACCCUCCCCAGUACAGUGGUUACGGGGCUGGACAAAGCGUAUUUGCCCCAGCUAAGCCCUUUUCGGGCCAGGACUGUGCUAACAGCAAAGACUGCAGCUUUGCCUAUGGCAGUGGCAACAGCUUGCCCGCCUCACCCAGCAGUGCCCACAGCGCUGGCUAUGCCCCACCUCCUACUGGUGGCCCUUGCCUGCCACCAAGCAAGGCCUCCUUCUUCAACAGCUCUGAGGGGACUCCUUUCUCUGGUUCAGCCCCCACACCCCUGCGCUGUGACAGCCGGGCCAGCACCGUCUCCCCUGGUGGCUACAUGGUGCCCAAGGGCACCACGGCCUCUGCCACCUCUGCCGCCUCCUCUUCCUCCUCCUCCUUCCAGCCCUCUCCUGAGAACUGUCGGCAGUUUGUGGGGGCUUCUCAGUGGCCUUUCCGGCAGGGCUAUGGAGGCCUGGACUGGGCCUCAGAGGCCUUCAGUCAGCUCUACAAUCCCGGGUUCGACUGCCACGUCAGUGAGCCCAAUGUGAUUCUGGAUAUCUCCAACUACACACCGCAGAAGGUGAAGCAGCAGACAGCUGUGUCCGAGACCUUCUCCGAGUCCUCCUCCGACAGCACCCAGUUCAAUCAGCCCGUCGGUGGUGGCUUUCGGCGUGCCAACAGCGAGGCCUCAAGCAGUGAAGGCCAGUCGAGCCUGUCUAGCUUAGAGAAACUGAUGAUGGACUGGAAUGAGGCAUCAUCCGCCCCUGGCUAUAACUGGAAUCAGAGCGUCCUCUUCCAGAGCAGCUCCAAGCCAGGCCGGGGACGACGGAAGAAGGUGGACCUGUUCGAGGCCUCCCACCUGGGAUUCCCAUCAGCCACCUCAGCCACUGCCUCGGGUUACCCCUCCAAACGGAGCACUGGGCCCCGGCAGCCUCGGGGUGGCCGGGGCGGCGGGGCCUGCUCAGCCAAGAAGGAACGGGGUGGCGCGGCCGCCAAAGCUAAGUUUAUCCCCAAACCCCAGCCGGUGAAUCCGCUGUUCCAGGACAGCCCCGACCUCGGCCUGGACUACUACAGCGGGGACAGCAGCAUGUCGCCACUCCCCUCGCAGUCAAGGGCCUUUGGCGUGGGGGAGCGAGACCCCUGUGACUUCAUGGGACCCUACUCCAUGAACCCAUCAACACCGUCCGACGGCACCUUUGGCCAAGGUUUCCACUGCGACUCGCCCAGUUUGGGUGCCCCUGAACUAGAUGGCAAGCAUUUCCCGCCACUGGCCCACCCACCCACCGUGUUCGAUGCUGGCCUGCAGAAGGCCUACUCACCCACCUGCUCGCCCACACUGGGCUUCAAGGAAGAACUGCGGCCGCCACCCACCAAACUCUCAGCCUGUGAGCCCCUUAAGCACGGACUCACAGGCGCCAGUCUAGGCCACGCAGCCCAGGCCCACUUGAGCUGCCGGGACUUGCCCCUGGGCCAACCCCACUACGACUCCCCCAGCUGCAAGGGCACAGCCUACUGGUACCCACCGGGCUCCGCUGCCCGCAGCCCACCCUAUGAAGGCAAGGUGGGGACAGGGCUAUUGGCUGACUUCUUGGGCAGGACGGAGGCCACGUGCCUCAGUGCCCCACAUUUGGCCAGCCCACCAGCCACACCCAAGGCAGACAAAGAGCCACUGGAGAUGGCUCGGCUGCCUGGCCCGCCCCGGGGCCCUGCCGUUGCCACUGCUGGCUAUGGCUGCCCACUCCUUAGUGACUUGACGCUGUCCCCAGUUCCAAGGGACUCGCUGCUGCCCCUGCAGGAUACCGCCUACAGGUAUCCAGGUUUCAUGCCGCAGGCGCAUCCCGGCCUUGGUGGGGGCCCCAAGAGCGGCUUCCUGGGGCCCAUGGCGGAACCUCAUCCUGAGGACACAUUCACCGUCACCUCCCUGUAGUGCCAACUGAAGUGCCGACUGGACCUCGAGGUUUUGUUCCUGGCUUUCAGAAAACCAACGCCAAGACCCCUCCCAGCGUCCACAACCGUCCUCUGGCAGGAGCAAGCACCUGCCUCUCUGCCUCUUCCCCCAGCCCCACCUGCACCUCCCGCAGCCCUCUCUCCCCCAUCCCUCCCUGCCCAUCUCCUCCACGCAGAAGCCGAAGGUGAGCCCUUUCUGCACAAAACCAGCAAUUGUAAAUACUUUUUAAAAAUGUACAAAACUUAAAAACAAAACAGUUUUAGAAAAGACAAAAAAAAAUGAACGAACGAGAGAGCGUGUGCAAGAGGUCGCGAGCUGGGGCCCCAUGGUGUCCAGAGCCCCUGCAAGUGUGCACUGAGAAAUUUAUCUACAGGUUGUUUGACAAAAAUGAACAAUAUCCUAUUUAUUGUAUAUACUGUUUUAUUAUAAAUCGUGGAUUGUAUAUUGCAUUCUGUAAACCUGCUGUGGUCCCGUGGUGUGCAAAUUCGCAUGGUGGGGGUGGGGGGAGAAGAACCUCUUGCGGGAGCUUUUUUUUUCUUUAUUUUUCACUCUUUUGGGUUUUCUCUUCUGUUGUUGUUGUUUUCUGUUGGCAGGACACACCCAAAGAUCCAAGUUUGUAUUAAAAAGAAAUGAAAAAAAAGCAAAAAAAAAAAAAAAAAAAAACCAAAAACCCACCUGUGUCUUGUGAGGGAGGGUGGAGUGGCAGCAGGGGACUCGGUUGGGUUCGGGUUUCUUGUCACCGGUCCCCAUGUUCCCUCCCUUGGUGCUGUCCCAAGAUCUGUGCCCGAGAUCUGAACUGCCUUUUUAGCUGGGCGCCCUACUUUUGCCCAAGGCCCUGAGGGUCCCAGUCCAGGGAUUUUACCUUUCAUGUCUUCAUCUUGCCCUCGGUUCAGGCUCUCACCUUUCUCUGAGGCCCAGUUCCCCCUUUAGAUAUUCCCAGAUCUCCAUGGCCCAUGGGCCCCCAUUCUUUUCACAGUGUGGGGGUACAGGCCAGGGAGAGGGAUGGAGUGUAUUUUCUGCAUGCAGGAACCCCAGGUUCAACCCCUAACCACCACCUGGUCCUUCAAGCAUUGAGCAUUGAGUAGCCUCUGAGCAUCUCCAGGUGUGGCCCCAAAAAACCAAACAGUGCAAUUGUGCCUCGUUUCCCCCUAGGUUUUUAUAGGGAGCCCUCAUUAGAUUUGGGUCUCCCCUAAACUUCGGGCCCCACAGUUGUACUCUGGUUCAAUGACAACUAUCUCUGAGAUACUCAUUCCAUCCCAAGCCUAAGAACCCUGUGGAACCCUCUGACCCCCUUCCCACAAGGACCAGAGUAACCCCCUAUUAGUGCAUCUCCUGUUUGCCCUCCAGCUUGCUGAGUCUCCACUAUCUGCAUAUCCCCCACUUUACUCCAAUACCCCCACAACUGCCUGUGCAAACCCAAGGGAAUGGCUGGGCCAGUCAUCCAGGGUUUCUCUGCCUCAUCUUUCUUACCACAUGAACCCCACAUGCCAAACCUGUUUCCUCCCAGCUUUCAUAAACUCUGAAAAAAGAAA